CCCCGGGAGGGCCCGGCGGGGAACGGCGACCCGAGCGUCGGUCGCGCCGCCGCGGCGCCCGGGGACGGGCAGGCGGCUGAGUCCUUGCUGGCCCCCAUGGAGGUGGGGGAGGAGCCGCCGGAGAAGGCGGUGCGCGCCCGCACGGCCAAAGACCCCAACACCUAUAAGGUGCUCUCGCUGGUAUUGUCAGUCUGUGUGUUAACAACAAUCCUUGGUUGUAUAUUUGGGUUGAAACCCAGCUGUGCCAAAGAAGUGAAAAGUUGCAAAGGUCGCUGUUUUGAGAGAACAUUUGGCAACUGCCGCUGUGAUGUUGCUUGCGUUGACCUUGGAAACUGCUGUCUGGAUUACCAGGAGACAUGUAUAGAACCAGAACGUAUAUGGACUUGCAGCAAAUUCAGGUGUGGGGAGAAAAGGUUGUCCAGAAGCUUGUGCUCCUGUUCAGAUGACUGCAGGGACAAGGGCGACUGUUGUGUCAACUUCAGGGCCGUGUGCCAAGGAGAGAAAAGUUGGGUAGAAGAAACUUGUGAGAGCAUUAAUGAGCCACAGUGUCCAUCAGGGUACAUACCAUCAACAAUUAAUUCUUAUCUUUGUCCCCCCUCAGUUGAUUAUGAAGACCUUGCCAGAAAUCUUUCUUGCCGGGAACCAAACCAGCACUUCAAACCUUACCUGAAACAUUUCUUACCCAAGCGUUUGCACUUUGCCAAAAGUGACAGGAUUGAGCCCUUGACAUUCUAUUUGGACCCUCAGUGGCAACUUGCAUUGAAUCCUUCAGAAAGGAAACAUUGUGGAAGUGGAUUCCAUGGUUCUGACAAUUUGUUUUCAAAUAUGCAAGCCCUCUUUAUUGGCUACGGACCUGGAUUCAAGCACAGCCUUGAGGUUGACUCCUUUGAAAAUAUCGAAGUCUAUAAUUUAAUGUGUGAUUUACUGAAUUUGACACCUGCUCCUAAUAACGGAACUCAUGGAAGUCUUAACCACCUUCUAAAGAACCCUGUUUACACCCCAAAGAAUCCCAAAGAAGUCCACCCCGUGGUACAGUGCCCCUUCACAAGAACCCCCAGACGUAACCUUGACUGCUCGUGCCAUCCCUCAGUCUUGCCAGUUGUGGAUUUUGAGAUACAGUUGAAUUUGACUGUGGCAGAAGAGAAGGUUAUUAAGCGCAGCACUUUACCUUAUGGAAGACCCAGAGUUCUCCAGACGAACACCUCGGUCUGUCUUCUCUACCAGCACCAGUUUGUGAGUGGUUAUAGCCAUGACUUCCUGAUGCCCCUUUGGACCUCUUACACCGUCCACAGAAAUGACAGUUUCUCUGCAGAAGACAUUUCCAACUGUCUUUACCAGGAUCUUCGAAUUUCUCUUAGUCCUGUCCAUAAGUGUUCAUUUUAUAAAAAUAACGCUGAGCUGAGUUAUGGGUUCCUCUACCCACCACAACUAAAUAAAGGUUCAAAUCAACUAUAUUCUGAAGCAUUGCUGAAUACUAAUAUAGUGCCAAUGUACCAGAGUUUUCAAGUUUUAUGGCGCUACCUUCACAGCACCCUUCUGCAGAGGUAUGCGGAAGAAAGAAAUGGCGUCAAUGUUGUCAGCGGUCCCGUGUUUGACUCUGAUUACGAUGGAUGUUAUGAUUCCUCGGACACCCUGAAGGGGUAAGAACAUACUUCAUUU